UAGGCCCAGGACUGACAAGCACGUUCCAGUCAGUCACGGUUGCUGUUGGGUGGAUAGUACAUAACUCAGGAGCCAAUCCCUGUUCAAGGAGCGGUGCUCCAGUCUCAAGAUGUGUUCAAGAUCUUGCAUUUUCAUUGACCAUUUGGCUGCCAUAGGUACAUAUCAAUAUGGGUAAAAAACUACCUCAGCCAACCCAGCAUCACACAAGCAACCCGAAUCUACAAAGCUAUCGGCCACAGCAGAUUCGCUGACAUGGCAUCUUUCAGGCGUUUCCGUCCAGAUGACAUUAAUCGGUUUGCCAAAUGCAACCUGGACCCUCUUACGGAGACGUACGACCUUGACUUUUACCUGCAGUAUCAUGCAAAGUGGCCUUCUCUGUUCCAGGUCUGUCAAGACCAGCGGGGGAACAUCAUCGGUUACAUCAUGGGCAAAGUCGAAUCUUCGCCUGAUGCGUACAAGUUCUCUGAGCACUACCUCCCAUGGCAUGGGCACAUAACGGCACUGACCGUGGCGCCAGAGGCGAGAAAAAUGGGGAUUGGAAAGAUGCUUACAGAACAGCUCGAGACAGCAGCGGAUGAACAAGAUGCUUGGUUCGUGGACUUGUUCGUGCGGCGGAGCAACGAGCGAGCCAUUCGUUUUUAUAAGAAUAUGGGCUACAGCGUCUACCGCGUGGUCAAGGACUACUACGGCGACCAUGCGACAGACCCGACCAGAUCAGGCGAGGACGCAUAUGAUAUGCGGAAACCUAUGCGUCGAGACAAGGACCACCGGCACAUCAGGGACGAUGGCGAGGAGCACGAAGUCUAUCCAGAAGAUGUGUGGUAGCAUGGUCAAGUCACAACAAUUUCUGGUCUAUUUGAUCACCCAACUACUUCGUGAUCGACACCAGGUCGUGCACACAUUUCAGCUCAUAGGACAACACUCACUCCCCUGGUCGUAUUCGCCUUUCCUCUCUUUACUUGAUUGCCGAUUUUCGCUAUCAUUUCAUGGUCGUCGCCAACUACAAGUAUCACUCUUCCAUCAAACCCCCUCUGCCAGAGUGAGCUGCGCAUUUGCAUUUACCCAGCUGGGCCCGGAGCUAACCUGAAACGGCUUCCCAUGUCUUUGCAUCAGGCACUCGCUGUUAACUUAUGGUAGACAGGAGUUCCUUCAUCGAAGAAGCGCCACCCAGUCGCCAACAUCGGUCGUAGUGGCUCUAAAUCCAGUGAUGUUUCCGUCGAGCUAUACCCUCCAUCCAUGCAACCCAUCAUGAGGAAGCGUGCAAUUCCUCUUUCAU